AUGAGCUCGUUCAAGAAGGAGCACCCGUUUGAGAAGCGCCAGGCUGAAGCGCAGCGCAUUCGCUCCAAGUAUCCCGACCGCAUUCCCGUGAUUUGUGAGAAAGCGGACCGCAGUGACAUCCCAGACAUUGACAAGAAGAAGUACUUGGUGCCGGCCGAUCUGACUGUCGGUCAGUUCGUGUACGUGAUCCGGAAACGCAUUAAAUUGAGCCCGGAGAAGGCCAUUUUCAUCUUCAUUAACAACGUGCUCCCGCCCACCGCUGCGUUGAUGUCGAACAUUUACGAAGAGCAGAAAGACGUGGACGGCUUCCUCUACAUCACCUACAGCGGCGAAAACACUUUCGGCCAAUAG